GUAUGACGGUAUCAGUUCACGACGGUGUUUUCCGACGAUAAACAUUUUAUUAUAAUAAUAUUAAGUACAUGAUGUGGGUAAGCGCAAUGCGUGUUUACGUCUCAUAUUAUACCAUAUUAUUAUAGGUACGAACACAUUUUAAAUCUAAAACAAUAACCACUGUAAAUGCGUGUCGCGUAGUCGAAGGACGAAAUAUUCUGUACGGUGUACCUACUUCUGUUUAGUGAAAAUAAUUGAUAAUGAUAAUACUACUAGAUACGAAUUAACAAUAACAUUGUAAUAUAAUAUACCGCCGCAGACGUGAAUAAACUAGACGAGUUUCUCGCGCAGUAAUUAUAAGAACACUACCUAUACGAUACAUGUGCAUAGAUAAACGCAUAAUAUCUUUUUAUAAUUAAUUUAGUUGUGUCGCGCAGUUUUUGGCUUUUCCGAUGUAUAUUAUUUACCAACUAUAAUAUUAUAAUGCUAAAACACGUGUAAAUCAGUCAACUGCAACUACAGGCGGGAACGGGCGGACACAUCACGCUAACCGGUUUGAUGGCGAAUCGCAAUAGCGAGAGUUGUUGUUGUAGCGAUGACGACGACGACGACAGCGAUGACGACGAAGACGACAACAGCAGUGAAUCGUCGUGUUCAAGCUGUUCAACCACGGAAGCUAACGACAACGUUAUCCGACGGCGGCUGUCAUCCGGCCGGACGACCACCGCGGUCGCGGCCACGUCAUUCGAUCUCCUGGACGCUCGGCGGCUACCGGACUUGUUGGACGCCGAACGGCUGGUGGCCGUACUGGACGGGUGCCUGGGAUCAGAGUACGUACGCGGCUGCGUGGUCGAGACGUGGGACGCGGUACUCAGCGAACACCUGGAGGCCAUCGCACACCUCGUGCUGUACCAGACGCCCGAGCACGCGGUCAGCCAGGCCGUGUACGAACAGCUCGCUGGGCUGUCGGCGUCACUCCGCCCGUCAACCGAUGACAGCACACAGCAACAGCGGCCGGCCCGCGUGGACGCUGAACGCGUGUACGGUACGCUCAGAUCGGCGGCCCGGUCGCUGUUGACCACCCGAGUGGACGCGUGCUGCCGGCAGAGCAUGUGCCGGGCCGUAGGGUUGGCCGUGGCCGCGCUCCGGUGCAGCACGCGGCCCGUGUUCUCGGUGGAAAAUUUCGUGGUCGAGAUCAACGAGGCGGCCAACUUCGCCAACCUGUACUGCACCGGGUACGCCAAGCGCAUAUGCGCCGCGCUCGAAGGCAUCUACGACACGGUCAUGGCCGGCGACUAUCAUCCGACCAACGUCGUGGUCCAGAUGGCCGUCAUGGACAAGUGCAUCAAAGCGGCGCUUCGAACGCUGGCCGACGCCCGGGCCACGGCCGCGCAGAAGACGGCCGCCCAGCGGUCGCUGCUCGCUGAGCUCGACGACGUGGGCGCGACUGUGCGCAUGAAAAACUACGGAUGCGUAGACGACACGGCCGCCGACCUGCCACAGCAGCAACGCCAACUCGCGGCGCUGGCCACCGCGUCCCCGGCCCGGUUUGUUCACUUCACCAUGAGCCCGUGGCGAGCGCCCAUCCGCAUGUAUCACCAACAGUCGCCGACCAGCGUGGAUCAGGUGCUCAGGGCCACGGUCAACCUGAUCGAGGCGCUUGUCGCCGAACUGUUCAAGCCAUGCCUGAACAGUCGACACAGCGUCCGCCGUCGCCGCCGCCGCACGUGCAGCAGCCGUCAGGCGCACGACAAACAACUCUAGGACGACCCUUAUUUUUUUCGAUGUAAAUACGUCAUUUAUAUCAGAUCCCGCGCGAUCCAUAACUUACCUAUACUUAUCACAUACGCGAACCACGCGAGUUUUAUUAUUUUUAUUAUUAUUAUUAUUAUUGUGUGUAAUUUUUUACUUAUUAAACAUUUUAGUCUUAAAGUUAUUAUUUAUAUAUAUAUAUAUGUGUGUUAUACGCGUCAGUGUGCUGUACAUAAUUGUUAUUAAAUGGUAAUACGAUUUUAUAGUAA